AGAGUACACCCGGAAAUGCCCUGUCUUAAGCUGUCAUUGGCCAGCUCUGGUGAAGACGCACGGUGAGGGACUGUUUGGGUAACGUAGUUCACGUCAGGUGAGCAGCGUCGUUGCGUUGUGCAUCCUUCCUGAUCACCUAGGCAACUAACGGGCGGCACUUCGAUUGGGUCAGGAAAACAGUAGUAGGAGGCGAGCCUGGAGCCAAGCGAGCUCCGGAGUGGGGCGCUUUCCAGGGGCGCAGAGUAUGGAGGGGGACUUCCGUUGUCAUCAUUGCGUAUCCGUUUCGCCUGUGGCGCCACCGCACCUGAGAAGAGGGCAGGGAAGUGCCAGGACUCUUGCCGCAAGUUUGCAGGCACUUUCACUCACGCUAAUGGUUGUGCCUUGCUGACCCCCGAUUUUACUGGGUGUGGAACCGAGUUGACGAACCUCUGCAUCCCGCCUUCGUCCCCCGGCCCCUGGAGGAAGCUCCCGGCUCCUCGGGUCCAUUUAUACCGUGGAGACGAGACCCUGAGUGCGACUGUCGGCCGGUGGUCACCCGCCCAGUGGAGGUUGGGGUUCGGAUGAGCCUGCUGCAGGUUCUGACCCAUGGACUCGGGUUCCGUCCCUCAUGGACUCGCCGAAGCCCACUUUUUGGCUCCCUGUCUCAUCACUGCAGAGCCCAAUGACCUUUAAGGAUGUGGCUGUGUACUUCUCCAAGGAGGAAUGGGGGCUCCUCGAUGAGGUUCAGAAGCAUCUGUAUCAUGAUGUGAUGCUGGAGAAUUUUGAGCUUAUGACUUCGCUUGGUUGUUGGCAUGAAGUGAAAGUGGAGGAGGUUUGUUCCAAGCAGAAUGCUCCUGUGGCAGGGUUGUCCCAGGUCAGGAUCCCCAAUAUAUAUCCUUCCACCCAGAAGACUGAUACCUGUGACACGUGUGGCCCAUUCAUAAAAGACAUUUUGCAUCUAGAUGAGCAGACCCCCUGCACAUGUGGAGCUUGUGGAAGAGAGUUUUGGUUCAAUGAAAAUCUUCCCCAGUACCAGGAGCACAGUGGAGAGAAGCCCUUCAGAUGGGACAAGGACAGGGACUCAUUUGUGAAGAGCUCCAUGGUCUACCUGUCAGAGAAGCCCUUCACUUGUAGGGAAGGUGGUAAGGAUGUCUUAGACAGCCUUGACCUCCAUCAGUACCCAGCCGCUGACAGCAGUGGGAAGGCACGUAAAAGCACCGAGUGCAGAGAGUUCUUCCCACACAGUUCCAACCUUGGGCAGCUUCCAGAAGUCCAUACCACACGGAGGUUCCUCCAUUGGAGCUGUGACUGUGGCAAAGCCUUCCAGAAGAGCUCAGCCCCCCUAAACCACCUGAACACUCACUCUGAAGAGAUAGCGUUUAAAGGCCCAACAGUUAGUAAUUCCUUAGAGGAGAAAUCAAACCUCGUUAAUUACCAAAAAUUUCACACUGGAGAAACAUGUCAUGUAUGUAAAGAGUGUGGGAAGGACCUUAAGUACCCAUGUAAGCUGAGGCAGCACCAGAAAUUUCCUACUGGAAUAAAAUACUAUGAGUGUAGUGACUGUGGGAAAACCUUCAGCCACAAACUCGCACUCCUUCAUCACCAGAAAAUUCACACAGGAGAAAGGCCUUAUGAGUGCAGUGCAUGUGGGAAAACCUUUAACAACAGGUCACACCUCACUCAGCAUGAGAAAGUUCACACUGGAGAAAGGCCUUUUGAGUGCAGCAAAUGUGGAAGAGCAUUCAGCCAAAGGUCCAAUUUCCUUCGGCAUCAGAAAGUUCACACCCAGGUAAAACCACAUGAGUGCAAACAGUGUGGUAAAGCCUUCGGCCGGAGCUCUGCUCUCAUUCAGCAUUGGAGGGUUCACACUGGAGAAAGGCCCUUCAAGUGCAGUGAGUGUGGAAGAGCUUUCAACAAUAACUCCAAUCUUGCUCAGCAUCAGAGAGUUCACACUGGAGAACGACCUUUUGAAUGUAGUGAAUGUGGAAGAGACUUUAGCCAAAGGGCCCACCUCCUUCGACAUCAGAAAGUACACACCGGAGAAUGAGAAUGGCCUUUUGAAUGCGGUGAAUGUGGGAAAGCCUUCAGCAAUAACACCACCCGCAUUCAGCACCAGAAAGUACACACCUGGCAAAGGCCUUAUAAAUGCCGCAAAUGCUGGAAAGCCUUCAGCCACAGCUCCAGCCUGAUGCAGCACUGGAGGAUUCACACUGGAGAAAGGCCCUAUGACUGCAGCGAAUGUGGGAAGGCCUUUGUUCACAGUUCCAGUCUCACUGAGCACUGGAGCAUUCAUAAGGAAAGGCCGUAUGAGUGCAGUGAAUGUGGGAAAUUCUUUAACUGAAAGUCCAGCCUCAUUUAUCACUGGAGAGUUCACACUGGAGAAAGGUGUUAUGUGUGUAGUGAGUGCGGGAGAGCCUUCAGCAACAACUCUUACCUGAUUUGUCACCAGAGAGUUCACACACAAGAUAGUCCGUAUAAAUGCAGCCAAUGUGGGAGAGCUUUUAGUGAAAGGUCCACACUUGUUCAACACCAGGUACUUCAUACCACAGAAAGGACUUAUGAGUGUGGCCACUGUAGGAAAAUAUUUAUGCUCUGCAACCUUGCUCAGCAUAAAAAGAUUCAUACCUGAGGGGAGCCUUAUGGAAAUAGACUUUGUGAGAGUCUUCAUUCAGAUCCAACUUCAUGCAGUAGACCUCUUACAGUGAAAUCACCUGCCUGUACCACCGAUGUGGAGAAGCCUUCAGAAACUGCUCUGCCUUUUCCAAGUAGCCUAGGGACCCGGGCAGAGCUAUGUGCCCUGGAGCCCCUGUCUAGCCCGCCUGGAUCCAGACAUUUACAUCAGUCACCUGCAUGUACACGGAGAAAACAGCUUCCUAUGCCUUCUCUCCCUUGUCCUGGAGCAGAUCAGGAUUGUCUUGGGCUCAUUGGAUGGUUUCAUUCCCAUUGCCUCUGAGAGUGCUCUGGGAUGAACUUACCCCUGCUGGUUGAGGGGGGUCUCGUGGGAUGUCCCGUUUGGGCUUCUUGGGGAAGAUGCACGUUCUCCAUGAGUAGAUGGUAUUCAGCUGAAAAUAUUCCCAGCAGUUCAUGUUGAUUCUGGUGUUAAUAAUCACAACUGCCACCAAUUUAUUUUAUAAAACUGACACUGUCCAGUCA